UUAUAAUUAUACAUAAUUUUAAUUUUAUUAUUUUAACUUUAACUUAAAAAAUGAAGUUUAACUGAAAAUCAACUCCACACCUUAUUCACCUUUUAGAUUUUUUUUUAUUAUUUUUAAUAUAUAAGAAAAGAAUGAUAAUUUAGAAAAUUCUUACUACUACGAUUUAAUAUAUAAAUACAUAAAAUUUAUGUAUUUAAUAGAUUCUAUCGAUCACAAUGAACUGACAGUCAUGGAUUUUGCGAAGUCUUUAUUCUCUUUUUGUUGGCAAUUGUCGUUUUUGCAGUGGUCAGGUUUAUUUGGCUUAAUUAUAAUGUCGUUGAUUUUCGAAACUCCUCUGCUUCAUGUAGCCUUCUGUUUUUGCUGCAUUCAUCCAACGCAAAACCAGCAAAGAUUCAUAGCUUUAAAGCUUCUUCAAUAAUAAAGUGAGUAUCAUGUCUUCCUUCUAUUUUUUUAAAUGGAGAACUUUCUUCUCUUUUCCCUCUCUAUCCUCCUCUUGAACUCUCUACUUCAUGGAGGAUUAGCCAUUGCUGCAAAAACAAAAGAUGGAUUAGAAGAAUGGGGAUAUGCUCCUGUCAGACCCAAAGCACAGAUGUUUUGGUGGCUUUAUAAAAGUCCUAACAGAGUUGAGAAUCCCUCCAAGCCAUGGCCGAUCAUUCUUUGGCUGCAGGGAGGACCUGGUGCAUCAGGUGUUGAGUUAGGCAAUUUUAAGGAGGUUGGUCCAUUGGACUCCAAUUUGAAACCUCGAAAUUCAACAUGGCUUCAAGUAGCUGAUCUCUUGUUUGUUGACAAUCCAGUUGGAACAGGAUUCAGUUUUGUGGAGGACACAAAUCUGUUGGUGAAAAAUGAUGAGGAGGCAGCAGCUGAUUUAACUAGAUUGUUGCAGAAUAUCUUUACUAGAAAUAAGAACCUGCAAAAGAGUCCUCUGUACAUUGUCGCAGAGUCUUACGGAGGGAAAUUUGCAGUAACUCUUGCAUUGUCAGCUCUAAAAGCCAUAGAAGCAGGGACAUUGAAGCUCAAAGUUGGAGGAGUGGCAUUGGGUGAUAGUUGGAUCUCCCCAGAAGAUUUUGUGCUUUCAUGGGGUCCUCUUCUGAAAGAUAUGUCGCUGCUCGAUAAGAAAGAUUUUGAGAUUGUAGACAGUAUGGCUCAGAAGAUUAAGCAACAAAUCAGAGAUGGCCUCUACAUCAAUGCAACAUAUUCUUGGACUGAGCUUGAAGAAGUCAUUCAACAAAGAAGCAACUAUGUGGAUUUUUAUAAUUUUUUGUCUAAGGAUACAGAAUCUGGUUCUUCAUCCUCAGUGACAGCUUCAAGAGUGCAAUUAUCUAAGAAAAUUGCAUUGCAGAAAUACUCUAAAUAUCUAAUUUCUCAGAGGUCUACUCCAGGUGGUAGUGAUGAUGAACAGCGUGAUUUAAUGAAUGAUAUAAUUAGAAAGAAGCUCAAGAUUAUCCCUGAUGAUAUCAAAUUUGAUCAACAGUCAGAUUAUGUUUUUCAAGCAAUGCAAGGUGAUUUUAUGAAAGCAAGAAUUAAAGAGGUUGAUGAGCUUUUAGCUAAAGGGGUAAAUGUGACCAUAUAUAAUGGGCAGCUUGAUCUGAUUUGUGCAACAAAGGGGACAGAAGCAUGGAUUGAGAAGCUGAAGUGGGAAGGGCUCCAGAACUUUCAGAGCAAGGAUAGAAUUCCCUUAUUUUGUGGUAAAGAGAGGGUUGCAAGAGGAUUCACCAAGUCAUACAAGAAUCUGCACUUCUAUUGGAUUCUUGGAGCUGGCCAUUUUGUACCGGUGGAUGAGCCCUGCAUUACACUGAAGAUGAUGACUGCCAUAACACAAUCACCUGCACUACUAUCUAAUUAAGGAAUUGAGCACAUGGCUUUUAUUAAUUUU